AUGGAUUUUACACCAAGAAGUCGCCCAGUGCUCUCAGCCAGAGCAGGUACGCCGAGGCCGGAAACACCAAAUUACAACCAAAACAGUUUGGAAAUGACGUACAAUGAAACGCAGUACACGCAGUACGGAAAAACGCCAAACCUGGUGAGAAGGAUCAGAAAUGCUAGAAACGACAUUGGGGAGCUGGGAAGAGAAGCGUUCAUGGACCAGAGAGACGUCUCACGUCUGCCGUUUCUGCUGGAUAACAGGCUCGAGGAGGUCCCGGAGAGGUUCACAAACUUCAUGAACAACUUCGUUACACCAGACUCAGAAAACAGAGAUAACAACAGGUACACUAGAACUAGAUUAGGAUACUACUUGGAAAAAUUAGUGGAAUUCAUAAAGGAAAACCUGCACGAACAGGGAGCAGGCUACAGCACGUACCUGCCAUUCGAAGUGGAUAUGAACCACGUGUACAACUACGACCCGGUGCUGUAUAAGCUGCUGGUGACAUUCCCAGCAGACUGCAUAGCGGAGCUGGACAGAGUGGUCCUGAAGUCGUUUAACGAAAUGCUCUCAAAGCACUACUCAGACGUCACGCUCGAAAAUAACGCAGUCUUCCCAAGAGCAAGACUGAUGAAUAAGCCGCACUCAGAUUGCGUGGGAAACCUGGACCCGAGCAUGGCAGACUCGCUGGUCCAGUUCUCAGGAACAGUGGUGAGGCAGACGUGGAUAGUGCCGGAGAUCACAAUGGCCUGUUUCAGGUGCAGAGGACAGAGGAAGGUGAGGCUCAACGAAACUGAAAAGUGCACGUGCGAGCAGUACGAGUACGUGAUCCAGGGGGAAGUCAACGAGCCAGUGCAGUGCCCAGAGUGCAACAACAAGUACACGUUCGAGCUUAACCACAACAUGUCGGUGUACUCGACGAAAAAGCUGGUUAAACUGCUGCAGGUGAACACGACCAACAACGUCGUUAACGGGAUGGAAGGAAUGAACAAUGGAGCAGAAGCCAACAGUAGCAAGGUAGCCAACGGCGAAGCCGAAGGCGGAAAGACCGAAGAAAAGAAAAGCACCCUGAACAUCGAUGAGCUGGGAGAGGUGUAUCUGAAGGACAACGAGAUAGUUAGCCUGAACCUUUACGAUGACCUGGUGGACUCAGUGUCCACAGGAGAUAGAGUGACGGUGGUAGGGAUCCUGAAGGUGACGCCCUGCAGGUCAAGCACGACUAAAAGAACACUGAAAACGCUCUACAACUACUUCGUUAACGUGAUACACGUGAAGGUGGUCAACUCGACGCAGGGCCCAACGAGAGGGCUGAAGUACCAGGGAAGCGAAAACGAGUUCUCCGAUGUGCAGGUGGAAAAGAUAAUGGAAUUGGCGAGAAACCCAAUGGUUUACAAGAUACUGAUGGAUUCAUUUGCACCAUCAAUAAAGGCAAGGAACAACGUUAAAAUAGGACUCCUCUGUCAGCUGUUCUCAUGUAACCCGGGAAACAAGGAGUCGUACAAGGCGGACAAUUUCAGAGGGAUCAUAAACGUGCUACUCUGCGGAGACCCGGGAACAGCAAAGUCACAGCUCCUGCAUUACACGCACCUGCUGUCACCCAGAUCAAUAUACACGUCAGGAAAAAGCAGUUCCAGUGUCGGUUUGACAGCUAGCAUUAAGUUCAGCGAGGGGGAUAACGGAAGAGCAAUGAUACAGCCAGGAGCAGUGGUACUGGCGAACGGAGGGGUCUGCUGCAUCGAUGAGCUGGAUAAAUCACACCAUGACGCAAGACUGAGUUUGUACGAAGUGAUGGAGCAACAAACAGUGACAAUAGCAAAGGCAGGCAUAGUGGCAACACUGAAGGCGGAAACAGCAAUCCUGGCAAGCUGCAACCCAAUCAACAGCAGGUACGACAAGAGCAAGGCAGUGAUAGAAAACAUAAACAUCGCACCGAGCUUGUUCACAAGGUUCGACCUUAUCUACCUGGUUCUGGACCACAUAGACAGAGAAACAGAUGAAAUGAUAAGCACGAGCAUAGCGAGAGACUUCCUUAAGCCACUGCAGAUGGCAGAAAACGGAGAAAAUAGCACAGAAACUGGGCGUAACAGAGAUUCGGGUGACAAUAGAGGCAGGACGGAGAGGGAUGAAGAGGGUUCAGAUAGCACGGAGGACGAGGACAUGAAGAUGAGUGACCUGGACCUGAUGAGGCUGUACAUCAAGUUCGCAAAGCUGCACUGCUUCCCAGAGCUGAGCGAAGAGGCGAAGAAAGUUAUCACGAGGGAGUACAUAAGAAUGCGAGAAGGAAACUACCAGUCGACCGCAAACGAGGAGCAGCUGGACGAGGAAAGCAAGGACCUGCUGAACCUGAACACGAACAAUAACAGAAUGAUCUACGUGAGUAGCCGCAUGAUCAGCUCGAUAAUAAGGAUCGGAGUGGCGCUGGCGAGGAUGAGGCUGAGCAGCCUGGUCACGAAGGAGGACGCAAUGCAGGCAGUGCAGAUAGUUAAGAGCUCGACAUUCCAGUCACUGGUGGACCCGACGACGGGCAAAAUCGACUUCGACCAGCUGCACCAGGGCAUCACGACGAACAAAAUGCAGCAGAUGAACCAGAUCCAUGAACAGAUUAUGGACCUGUUCACAAAGUCAGCAGAGCAGGACUCAACGAAGCUCAUAGAGCUAAACGAGCUGAUUAACAUGCUGAGUAAGUCGAGUGGACAGGAGUCAGGAGUUACGGACCGCUACAAGGAAGGAGAACGGUACAGAGAGGGAGAGGGAUACAAAAUGGUGCUCGAGGUGCUGAACAAGAUGCAGCAGGAGGGGACGGUGGUGAAGGAAAACAACAGCUACCGCCUGAAGAGGCUGUUCUCCUUGAUGACCAAGGAUUUAAAUCUUGAGGAGGGACCGGAAGAAUGGUUUUGGCAAAGUGACUUGUAUACGAAGUCGUAUUUUAAAGACAGGAAACACAAAAAAUACCUAUACUAUGACACAGCCUGUUUUAUAAAAUACCUCUUUUUUCACUGGCUGACAAAAUGGGUUAACAAUGUUACUUACGAACACGUACAACCAUAUAAGUUACAUCCAUUGCCGGUAUCGGACCAGAUUUUGAGAUGGCAGCCGAUUUUCUCGAAACACGUUAGCGACGGCCUAGUAAGGCUGGAAGAAUAUGAAACUUCAAAGUCGGUACCCGGAAAAAAGAAAGCAAAAAGACCAUACCGAUCAUUACUUUUCAGAGCAUUGUUAUUGACCAUAUGGAAGAGAGCACUUGUUGUGAUUAUAGGUUUGAUUUUAGUAAAUGUUUUAAGCAUGAGCAUUUCAAUUUUGGUUAAAAAAUUGGUUGUUAAACUGGGAGAUAAAUCAAUUAACAUAAAGCAAACUGUAGGCCUAUUGGUAGCCAUCAUAGCCUGUAUUUUCCACCAUGCCCUCUGCUACAGAAGAAAAUUCUCAAAUAACGUCAACGGCACAAACACCCUUAAUGUGUGUAACCAAGUUUUACAUACCUGUUCCCCUGACUCAGAAUGUUCAAAGAAUCCAUUAUACUGUCAAGCUCUACGAUACCAGAACAAGGAAAUUAACCCAAAAGUUUUCUAUUUCGAGUUCAAGGAUUCCUAUUAUUUCUCCCAGUCCUUCAACGCAAUUAAAAUAUUCAUUGAGUUUGCAACCAACUUUAGUUACGGAAUAUUUUUACUUCGGCGUCAAAUUAAAAUGAAAAUGUGGGUGUUAUAUGUAGUUGGAAUUGUGUUUACAUUUCUUAUGAUAUUUGUUGAGUUAUUGAGUGCAAUUACAAUAAAAUUCUUGUUAUACAUGAGGGAUUUUAAGAUGUCCAAGUGUAACUACAUGUUCCCGUACUUGUCUCUGAUUAAGAAAAUGUUUUAUGACGAUAUUGCAGUAAACAUCAUCACCCACUGUAGAAACAACGAGCUCACCAUGAUAGUUAUUAACAUCUUCUUGACCUUCCUUAACUUGACUAUGUUCAGCGCCUGUAUAAAUGUGUCGUUUUAUUUAAUACAAUACGCAUUCGUCAAGUCCGUGCGCGGUGUGAACGUUGUUACUGACAUUGACACAGCGGGUUUCAUGGCGGCAUUCUAUAUUUUUCUAAAAAUCGCUAUAUCCAUGUUCAUGGUGCCUAGAGCUAUUAAGGUGUGUGGUGUGGCAUUUGUUUCAUUUAAGAGAUUUGAAGAAUACGUGAGAGAAUGUGCCCCAAAUUUUUAUAUCAGUGAUAACAAAUUUGUUCCAGCCACCAAUAUGAAUUCAAACGUAGCUCAAGUUACCAAUCAACUUCCUAAUGACACUGUGGUUUACUACAAAAACGCUUCAUUCACAUGGGUCAACACACGCAACGACCUACUAAACAAGAACUAUGAACCUUAUUUAAAAAAUAUAAACUUUGAGUUAAAACGUGGCGAGAUGGUUAUUGUCACAGGUGUUCUUGGUUCAGGUAAAUCAAAUUUUAUCAAAUCAAUGCUUGGUGAGAUGACCCUGGUUGGGGGUUCCAUGGCAGUUGUUCCAUUACACACAUCAAUGCCAAUAUUCUAUGCAUCUGAGGACAUAUUUCUACAACAUGGGACAGUUAGAUCCAACAUUGUAUUUGGUCAUAAAUUUGAUGAGCAGUUGUACAACACCGUACUCAAGGCAGUGGAACUUGAGUACGACAUAUCGACCUGGAAGAAGGGUGACCUCAGAGUUCUGUCAGACAACGCACUUUCACUGAGUGGAGGUCAACGUGUACGAAUGGAGUUAGCUCGUGCAGUGUACGCUUACUUGGUGUUCCACAGAGUCAACAAGGAGUAUAACAACAGCCAAUGUUCGUUCUUGAUGUGUUUGGAUUUUUCAUUACACGGGCUUGACCCAUACGUAUCGAAGACAGUAUUUAAUAACCUGUUUAACCUUAAAACUGGGCUAUUGAUAAAGAAUGAUUUAAGUGUUGUUUUAACAUCGUCGAAACAGGGUCUUCAAACAUGUCUGAAUCCAUCCGAUGCAAAUCAAUUCCAUAACUUGCCAAUUUAUAACGUUAAAAACAAGGAAUUGAGAUUCUGUAGUAACUUGCACGACUUUAUGAAGAACAAUAAAGUAGAAAGUGAAGAUUACAAAUACAUAUCGACUAGCGACGGUGUCCCAUAUAACAUGAGUUAUUUAAGCAAUGAUAUGUUGAAAUUGUGUUCCUCUUAUGGCACUACGAGGCUAGGUAGAAUGGAAGUGACAAGGUCCAAAUAUAGCAAGUCGUUCAAAUCUUACGUCAAAAAUGAGCUUGCUGGUGUUAGAUUUAACUCAUAUUUAACCUAUAUGCUCCCAGCAGCCGGAGCUUUCACUCUCUAUAUAAUUUUUAACACAUCAGUUAAUAUUAUGGAUACUCUGAAGUUCGUCUUUGCAACAAGAACAACAGACUUCAUAGGAAGACAAAUUAAACAGUUCAAGGAUGGAGAAGCAAUUGAUUUGGAUUUAGUUAAGUCAAGGGCUAACCUAUCACUUAAAGUUACCACAAUGUUCGUGUCACUGAUAAUUAUUCUAUCAUUCCUAGCAACUUUGAUAAUGACCACAGCCUCAGUUGUAUCAUCUCGUAAACUACAUGAGUACACCAUUAAUUCAAUCUUCAACUGUAGUUCAGCAGUUCUAAAAAUAAAGAAAAAUAUUAGUCAAGUCAUAACGUAUCUAGCUGCAGAUAUGAUUAUCAUUGACGAUUCCUUAGCCUUCUUCUUGGGUAUAGUAUUGUUUUUAUUCCUCCAGUUUUUAACUAACAUAGUUACAUUAUUCUACUUAAUUCCAAUUUCGAUACCAUUUGUAUUUGUGGCAUUAGUAUUUAUCUUAUACUUUGUCAUGUUAAGAUAUGUAAGGUCCAAUAGAAGUCUAUUUUUGUCAUUUAUGGAAACCUCUUCACAUGUUAUAUCUGUAUAUGAAAAGGCAAUAGCAGGAUCUUCAGUAUACAGGAGUUACGAAAGAUUCGGAGACCUCUUAAAAGGUUUUACAGAACACAGAGACUAUAAAGGACGGAACCAAUUCAUGAUGUACUCUAUGAUAUCAUGGUCCAAUACGGUGUUCAACUGGAUCUUUUCGUUGACCACCCUUACAGUACUCGUCAUACCAAUAGUUUUGGAUAAGUAUACCAAGUAUAAGAUGAAGGUUGGAUACUUCGCUCUUGCUUUAUCGUUGUGUAUGAAUAUUAACAAUACGUUCAUCAAAUUGGCUCUUAACAUAGGCCUGUUAGACAUUGAUAUGUGCUUCGUUCGGAGGUUCAGAUACUUCAUUCCCCCCGGUCAAAGACUUAGGUUUAGCAAAUUCGUUAAUGCCCAUGAAGAAAAUGUUGUAAACCCUACCAAUAGAGGAACUGUUAUCAAUAAGGCUCAAUUGAUGAGGAGAAGGGCCAUUGAAUUUAAAAAUGAAAACAAAAGGUUUUAUGCUUUGAGAAGACUAUUUUACCAUCCUAAACUACAUAUCCUCGAUGAUGGCCGUUACCUAACUUCUGAUCAUUCAGGCGUCGAGUUAAAAAAUGUGUGUGUGUACACUACUCCUGAACGCACUCGAGAAAGUAUGAUCUUGAAAAAUAUCACAGUGUUAGCCAAUAAAUCUGAGAUCAUUGGUAUGGUUGGUAGAACAGGUGCUGGUAAAACCACUCUCUUGUCAGUGUUACAGAACAUAUCCACUAACAGAACUGGCCAAGUACUAUUGGAUGGUAUAGAUUUGAAUGAUAUCCCCAAGGUUGUCCUUCGACAGAUUAUAGGUGUGUUACCACAACUGCCUUUUGUAUUUAAGGGUUGGACUAUUAGGAGGUUCCUUGAUCCGAGAAAGUUGUUUAGUGACGACGAAAUCAACCAGGCUUUGAGUAAAUGUGGUCUGCUUAAUUUUGUUAAUGAGCUUUCUGGAGGAAGGAAAUUGAAUAAUCAAAGUGAUAUGUUACUGUCCAAUACCCAACUCAGAACCCUUUCAUUGGCCAGACUUGUGUUAUACAGGCACUUCUUUAGGCUUAUAGUAGUUGAUGAACCACCUGAGGAAGAUACUAAUGAAGAGACCAGUUCCAGAAAUGAUGACCUUGCAGUUCCGAUUUAUGAUAUUUUACAGAAACAUUUUAGUCAUUGUACCACGUUUGUCACAGCACAUGAUGUUAACGUAUUAAAAUCUUGUACCUCUGUAUGGGUGAUACAUGAGGGGUGUGUAGUAAAAACUUGUAAAGCCAGUGAUGUAUCAGCAAAUGAGUCUAUCGCAUCAAUCAUUGAGCAAUACGUUAAAAAAACUAAAUUAAUAUAA